GGAGGGACGAUGCUAAUGAGGAGGGACGCGCCGGCCGGGGACAGUGAGCAGCAGCGCUCCCACCGACCCUGCGGCGGCGUGCUCUGCUGACGGACGCGCACUGGAUGCUCCACGUCGCCUGGAAGACGCCUCUUCUGAUUUAAAACGCACCGGAAAAAGCACUUUGCGCGAGUUUGGACUGAGAAGAAGUGAAAUGCACCGCUAGGAAAAGUUUGUGUUGACUUCAAAUGGGCUGAGAUCGGAUGCAGAUUGUAGCGAGGAAGGUAGAAAAAAAAAUCAGAUUUUCCUGAAGACGCAAAGAAGUUCGCGGGACGUCCGAUCAGCAUGGAGGAGCGCGAUUAAAACCAGUUUAAGGUGUUUUUUUGUUGUUGUUGGUCUAAACUUGUAUUUAACCUCAACUAUAAAGGAAUGGACAGUUAAACUCUGCCUAGAAGAAGAAGAAGAAGAAGAGCAUCCAUGGAUUGAGAAAGUGGACCUCCAGCGAACGACUGCGAGAUGUGUGGAGGAGAGUGACGGACGGCCAUGGGACUGGAGAGACGGUGGCUUCAGGCUGUCACCACUGCUGUAGCCAUCUGUCUGCUAAGUGUGUCUCGGGGUUCGGCAUCGCUGGUCCGUGCCAGAGAGGGCGGCUCUGCAGAGCUGGACUGCAGUCUGACUCCCACCUCCAAAGAAGCCACCACCCCGAACCUCUUUCCCUUGCACGUCGUGGAGUGGGUCCGCCUCGGCUACAACGUACCCGUUCUCAUCAAAUUCGGAGUGUAUGCUCCUCGUGUUCAUCCUAAUUAUAAAGGGCGUGUGUCUCUGACCCGGGGCGCCUCUCUGCUGGUAGAACGGCUGACCCUGGAGGACGAGGGCUGGUUCGAGUGUCGCAUCCUCCUCCUGGACAGCAAAACCGACAGCUUUCGGAACGGCACAUGGACCUUCCUCUCCAUCACAGCUCCACCUGUGUUCAUCAAGAAGCCACCGACUUUUGUGGAGGUUCUGCUCGGAGACUCGCUGACGCUUAGCUGCGGAGCCCACGGGAACCCCCGACCAACGGUGGUCUGGCAUAAAGAUGAGAGUCCAGUUGAGAAGCACGAAAAAAUAAAAGUGCUCAACGGUACCCUCUCUCUGGCCACUGUCACAAGAAAUGUUUCAGGAGUGUAUAAAUGCCACGUGUCUAACUCCGAGGGCAACCUGACCCACUACACGCAGCUACAGGUUCAAGGUCCGCCGAUCAUCAUCAUCUCCCCCGAGGACACGACCCUCAAUAUGUCCCAGGAUGCUGUUCUGCAGUGUCAGGCAGACGCCUACCCUUCAAACCUCACCUACGAGUGGCUGAAGCAAGGACAGAACGUUUACCACAUCGAGUCCCUUAAGUCCAGAGUGAAGAUUUUGGUGGACGGUACUCUUCUGAUCCCUAAUCUCAUCCCAGAAGAUGCUGGCAACUACACCUGUAUUCCAACUAAUGGGAUCCUGACUCCUCCCUCAGCUUCUGCCCAUCUGAAAGUGAAACAUCCUGCACGUGUGGGAAGAAUGCUGCGUGAAACCUACUUGCCAGCAGGAAUGGAGGGGGUCAUUUACUGCCCUGUUCAGGCCGACCCGCCUGUGCUGUAUGUAAACUGGACCAAAGACGGGAAUGAGCUCAAACUUGACAAUUUUCCAGGUUGGAUGGUGAACUCGGAGGGCUCAGUGUUUAUAGCCACAGCCAACGACAACGCUGUCGGCAUGUACACCUGUACUCCGUACAACAGCUACGGCACAAUGGGCCAGUCUGAGCCCACCAAGGUCAUUUUACAGGACCCACCAUCAUUUCGAGUUCCCCCUCUGCCAGAGUAUCUCCAGGAGGUCGGCCGAGAUUUGAUCAUCCCGUGUGAAGCCAGUGGAGAUCCUGCUCCAAACGUAACCUGGAGCAAGAUUGGCCCCAGUCCUCGCUCGCCGUACGUCGUGUUGUCCAACGGAUCCCUCCUGCUGCAGCCGCUUAGCAAAGAUCACCAUGGGGGCUGGGAGUGUUUGGCCACCAAUCGUGUGGCGACUGUCAGUGCGGGCACCGUGGUCUUUGCUCUGGGGACCAGUCCUCAUGCCGUAUCCUCAGUGACCGUCAACACGGAGAUGAACCAGGCCAACGUGUCCUGGCUCCCAGGAUUUGAUGGUGGAUUCACCCAAAAAUUUACUGUGUGGGUCAAGCAGUCGUCCAGGGGGAAACACGAGUGGGCAUCUUUGCCCGUGCCAACAUCCAAAAACUACCUGCUUGUGACCGGCCUUCUCGCAGGCACUGGCUACCAGUUCAGCGUCCUACCUCAGAAUAAACUCGGCUCAGGACCUUUUAGUGAGAUUGUGUCAGUCCGGACAAAAGCUGUUCCAACAGAGCUACCUAAAGCUGCCACGGGUCUCCCAGCCCUGGACCCGCCCACGCUGCUGUCAGCUAACCGGACCGGACGCGGCGUUCUCCUGCAGUGGCAGCCUCCUGAGGCUCCACUCUCUCCACUGACAGGUUUUGUCCUACAGGCCCGCAGAGAUCGAGGCCAGUGGGUCAUCAUUGGCAGCAACAUCCACGGCAAUCAAAGCCAAGUACUUGUGCAAGGACUGCUAAGGGACUCCAUGUAUGAUUUGAGGCUGAUGUCACGCAGCAACAAGAUGCUUAGUGAACCGAGUGAGUCUGUGAGCGUUUCCACUGAAGGAAUGGAUAUUUACCCCCUCCGCCCUGGUUUCUUAGAAGUAAUCCCUCAACCGCUGAUGGCUGGUGUGAUAGGGGGAGCAUGCUUUCUGUUUCUUGCAAUCAUCCUCUCGGUGGUGACAGCGUGCUACAUGAGCAACAGGAGACGGCGGCGACGCAGAAAGAGAAGACAAGACUUGCCUGCCGCUAUUCAGAAGAGCCCGUCUCAAGAACCGCGAUCACCGCCACGCAGCCCAGACAGCGUCCUCAAGUUUAAACUGUGUCCGCCUCUUCCCUUCUUUCCCAACUCCUCCUCAUCACAAUACGAUCGCUCCUCGUUUGACAAGGGCAGCCGCGGGGAAUACCACGAUCAGCGGAGACAGCUUCUGUCCAACUCGUCUCCUCCGCCCCAUUACACGCUCUUUGAGAGUCACCUGGGUUCUCAGGCGCCUUCACCGACGGCCCUGGAGUCCAUUUCCCGAGGCCCAGACGGGCGCUUCAUUGUUCAGCCGCUGCCGGAGGGUUCAAGCCCUUCCACUAAGAAUAAGAUAAAGAAGGAUGUCCUGCAGGGUAACGGGAGCGUGAACGGGUCGGGGAGCAACAGGACGUCAAUCAGGGACUCUCCAAAGUCGAGCAUCUUGAGCUCAGAGAAGGACGAGAGGAAGGAAUCUCCUCUGACGGUGGACGUGCCAGAGCUGAGCCGGCCUCCCGCCUCCCCGGGGAGAGUACGAGCCAUGGCGAGGAACUUCUCCCGCCACGGCUGCUUCUACUCUGACGACGAACAAGGCUCCGAGAGUCUUUUGGAGAGGGCCAGCUUUUACUCCGACAACAGCGAGAGAAAGCCCAGCGAUUCCCUCCGGCGGUGUCGCAUGCAGGGCAACUCCGAAGACCUGUUCUCCAGUUUGGGAAGGAAAACCAGGCUGCUUGAUAGAGACAGACCCCAUCAGGGAGGCUACCAACCCAUGGAGAGCAACCUGACGGACGACAGCACCCUGGUGUCCCAGCUGGAGACGGAUAGCGUCACCAAGUGCGUCCAACUGGCAAAGGAGAGGGAGGAAAUUGAGAGGGAGCUGAAGAACUUCACAACGGGUCAAAGACAUCGCAGCCGAGCGAGGGAGGAGCCUUCUCCAUCUCGUAAAACGGAGCCGCCUCAGAGGGAAGAGCCCAAAUCAGCGGAAGACCCAGUGUGGAAACCUCAAGAAGUUACAAUCAGACAGAAGUACAAGCCCUCGGCGAUGACAAGUCGGGUUUCUGACUACAGGAGAGCGUGCUACUUUGGCAACACUAGCAGCCCGCUGGACAGGCUGCCCACCUCUCGCAUACAGUGGGACAUCAGCCCGGUGACGUCUGUCUCCAGCCUCAUCCAUGUCCAGACUCCUCAUCAGGAGACCACGUCGCCGUCUAGAGAAGCCGCAGAGGAGUCUCUGACUUUAAAUUCGUCGAGAUCGCCGGUCACCCAGAACACCUCCCUGCCCUCGCUGUCCCCCGACACCACGCCAGAUCGAAGCUAGCCAUCCAGUCCUCAGAAGAAGCAGGAGACGUGCGCCGACCUGGCGGAGGAGACGCAGCGGAGGAGGAGUCCGUUAGCUUCUCAGCUACGGCGCUUAGCCACCAUAGAGAGACCUGAAAGCUCAGCUUCUGUCCAGCAGAGCCAGACUGAGAGAAGCGAUCCCGGUCCCUGCAGUUCCUCGAUCUUACGCUACGAUCAUCAGAAAGUAGGAGCCAAGUCCAAAGACAGAGAGAGCCAGGGCACUUCUGGGUUUUACGCUGAGCUGGAGAGAGAGGGCGUCCGAACGCGCUCCAGGAGGAGCGACAAGUGUCUCUUCCCCGACAGCCUGAGCCCCGUCUCGACCUUGACGCUCGUGGAAGAAGUGGAGGUGGACCAGUCUCAGUUUUCAGCGCCCCGGAUGUCCGACUCCUUCAAGGCCGAGCCCGCCGCCCCGUCGCCCAAAAUGUCCCCACGCCAGACCAGCGCCAUCCUGGAAUACCUGAGCCUUCCAGGUUUCAUUGAAAUGAGCGUGGACGAGCCCGCGGAGGAGGUUCAGGGGGCCAACACCUCCGAACGAGGAUCAGAACAAAAGCCCGAGGAGGAUUCUGUCGUGGCGAAACCCGACGUGGUUCCUAGAAACUGGGAGGUUCACGUUCAGGAGAACAAAGAAACUGCGUCAGGUGAGAAACAGGCCGCUCCUCUGGGAGCUGCGCCUUGCAGCUUCGAUGCCUCUAAAAGACAAGGGAGCAGGAGAUCUCCUCAUGUGGAGACCAGGGUGCGGUUCCCUGAUGACCCGACGACGUCCUCCUCGGCUCCAGAGCCAACAAGCAGGGCGCUCUACGAUGAGAAGACGAGGACUCGAGCAGGCAACAUUUGCACAGGCAGGCUUGAAUCCCGCCUCGGGUCCAGGUCCUCCCACGCUUUGUUCAGCGCGGCUAAAAGCGUGGCGGACAUUGUGUCGAAGCAUUCCCAGGGUUAUUUGGACAGUGAGGAGUUUUCGCCAGAGCAGCCCCAAAGACAAGCCUCUCAGGGAAGCAGGACUAACAAAAUAGUGUCGCGGAUAACUCAAGCCCCCGUGCCAUUCCUGAAGAAAUCCCUAAGCCUCGGUCCCUGCAGGACUCUCUCGGGCGUGGCUCAGCCUCGCCCUUACCUCAAGAAGUCCAUCAGCCUGGGCUCACAGCGGUGGGAGCACUUUGAGACGCCGAGAACUUAUAUUUCCGAGAAAUGUUUCUGGGACGAGUUCCCAAGCCCCGACGUGAGGGUGAAGUCCUACAGUUUGGGCCGCACGCCGCCUUCCCUCCCCCCGCCGGGCCCCUGCUGGAGAGAAUACGUCCCGUUUCGCCGUCCCAGCAUGGGGAGCUUAGAGAGGCCGCACCACGCGCCGAGGUCUUUAGCUAGUCCUUCCUACCUCACGCCUAUGUACCCGCCUAGACAAACCUCGGUGUCCCCAAUGCUGGAGCCCUCAGAUCCACGACGCCAGGCGGCCAUUUUCCCCGAGUCAUCUAGGUGGUCCCCCUCGUAUCAAGACACGCUGAGGCCUGUCCAGCAUCAGUACGUCUCCAAUCUGCCCUACUACCAGCACUGGCCGGACCCCCGAGGGGAAAGCUUGAGACAUUUGGACGCCAGAAUAGGCCCUCCGAGAUCCUACCUGCCCAGGGGCAUCAGCUGGCCCUCGCCUUAUUACGCCGCCUUCCCACCCAGGGAGGGGGACGGCUACAGGCAUCCGGACAGGAUGAUGGGACGGGGCGGGGACGCCGACGUCAGAGAAGGGGGCAGGGCCAGCUUCGCCAGUCAGAGCAGCGGUAGAGGCAGCACUGGCCUCUUCAGACAGUCCCUGUCCAUCACGCCCACCCUGCUCAGCUCCCCAGAAACCACAGAGGAACACGAACGCCUCCGGGCUGAGAUGGAGCUGGCCAAGAGGAGAGUCAAAAGAAGGAACACGUCAGUAGAUGAAAGUUACGAGUGGGACUCUGCUGACGCCUGCCUGGACCCCGAGGUCCUGGAGGCCACCAGGCCGGACCAGUCUCCAGCUGCUGUUCAGAGAGGCAGGGGGGAGACGGGGUCGGAUCAGACUGGUGGCCUCCGGGAUCAGCGGCAGAAAGGCCCACCUCCCCCUGUCAUCCCUGCUCGCUCGCUAAGUGAGGCACGCUUCAACGCUCUCCGCCUGGAGUACCAAGAGUACAGGCGGGCCCAGGGGCCCCCCCGUGCCCUGGAGCCCCGCUUCCGCCCCGGCCACGAUUCGGACUCUGACUCCAGCUCAGCGCUGCUCUAGCAGCUGAACCCGAUGCAUCAAACACAAAAACCAAAUAGCAGUGCUACUGAACGGACGACAGCACCGUGGUCCCAAACACUGGAAACCUUUCAUUCUUGUUAAAGAGUUUAUUCUUCUGCUGCAGCAGCUUCAAGAGGUUUUACUGCUCCGCUUCGUAAGACAUCCCUCGGCUGUUUUCAGGCUUGUUUCCUCCUCUCGAGUCUGUUUCGGUGUGAGAAAAGUGACAAUCAGACAAAACAGAGAGAUGAAAUGCAUUCGAGAUAAGGUUCCCGGUUUAAGGUGGGAAAGACCUGCUUUGUGAAAGCAGCGGUCAGCUGCACACAGUGACAGAUGCACUGCAAGCUCUGUUGUUUUUAAGAGCUGAGACUCUCCUGUAGCGGUGGUAAAAGACGCGCCUGACAGGCCUGUAGGUGUACAAGAUAACGUCUCUGUGAGAAUGUCUUCGUCUGUAUCGGUGCCUGUGAAUAAAAUGGUGCUAGCCGGGCUCCCCGUGUCCAUUUGAAUUAAUUAAUUCAAAACGCCCCAGCAGUGUGUCUGUGUGUGAUUUAGCUGACGGUCGCCUGGGAUCAUGCCCCUCUCCGUAUCCCGUCAACCUCACAGUGUUUUGUUUAAAGUGUAUAAAUGUUCAUACGCAUAGUUUAUUGCGAUUAAGUCCCAAAUUGAUCCUCAUGACUCCCCAUCAGAUGAGAAAACCCUACUGGAAAAGUCUGACUUUUAACAGGUUAAGACGAUCUUUGCCUUAUUUUUCGUUCGUUAAACAACGGCAGGACAAGCCGAGAAAAGCAAAAAAGAAUGAUUGGAGAUUUAAAAAAAAAAAGCAUCAAAACACACUUUCAGGUCCUCAUUGUGAGUAUUUCUGUGUAUUUAUUGAGAUGAAUAACAAUAUGCAACGAUGUUUACAAUUCACAUCCCUGAUGUGACGGCAGCACUGUGAAUAUUUCCUUGACUUCUGAUUCUGUAUUUGAAUUGCAAGUCUGUCAUGAAUUGUUGUGCCCAUUAGCCUACUGUGUGUGUUUGUUGUUGUUGUUUUUCAACUAAAGGAAAACAAGCUGUUUUUGUACGUGAUCCGACAAACCCAUAUAAAAGAUGUUUUUGUAGCUAUACUUUGGGAAGCCUUUUUAUUAUUUUUGCUUUGGCUUCCCAGACCAAACCCCCCCCUGAGGAGCGAAUAUGGCAUUCUGGAGGAUGGCUUUGGAAGCCUUGUACAAAGAAGACAAUUUUAUAUCGUUACCUGUUUUUGUCAUUUUUUAUAUAUGUUUGCAAAUGAAUAAAUUGUUCUAUUCUGAAUGUA